GCUAGGACUCCACAUUCCAUGGCUCUUCUCUGCAUCCCUUUCGCUCCCUCUCGCAGUGAGGACUGCAGCGCUGGCAGUCAGUACCGAAGAAUGACACGCGCAACGUCUGUAAUGUCCACAGACGAUGUCGGCGUCGGCUUACCUAGUACCUGAUGUGAAACCCAUUUGUCCACCACAGCCCCCUUCAACCCCACCGCGCUCGAUCUACCUCUGGAUUACAUUGGAGGGGUAGCGUUCACCUUAACUUGAAGAACUUCACACGUACACAUCGACCGGCGCUUUUGGUAAGCUGCGGUAGACGCGUCUCCAUCGUUAAACAGUGGCAACGGCGCAACGAAGACCAUGAGAAGUCGCACAUAAAAACUUCACCAACCUUGCUAUGCCAAAGACAUGAACUCGAAUGUAGCCAGGUGGGAGCUGAGCCAGCAGCCAUACGAUAACAGAUGGAGCAGUCAAUAUCCUGAGGUACCCCACGCGCCUCUACCAUACGCGUUUCCCGAGCAGCCUGUCUCGCGCCUCGCCGAGGGAUUCGAUCAAUUGUCGCUCAGGAAGGUACCCAAGACACGCACCUCCCCCAUAGCUACGCGUACCAAGAUCAUACGCCAUGGCUCGCACAAAGGGCCUGCACGACCGUCGUCCAGCGGAGGGGAAGCAAACAUGCCCCCACACCGACCCUUCGCCUCCUCCGGCCGCUCAACGUCCUACUCGCAGCCCACCCCUCUCGAGGAGUUUCGAGGGUCAAGACAAUGGCCCCCACGCGGAUAUAGGCAGGACGAUGCGCUUUAUACACAGCAAGCUGAAGAGCUGAUAUGCGCUGGGACGUCGACGUUCAAGGGCUAUGGGGAUGCGGUACACAGUGCGCCGGCGGGGUAUAAUCGCUUCUAUGCUGUUAUGGACAGCGAGCAUCAGAGUAGGACGGAUCGCGCGCCGUUCCAGAAGGAUGCGUAUCGAUAUAUAUCGCUCGACUUGACAGGUGCAUCAGAGAGUCAGCUUCCAUGGUUGUCUCUAGAGCAGCCAUGUAUGGCAUACGCGUUUGGAAAGAGUGCGGGAACAACUACACUCAACUACUGGGCCAGCAAAUCCUCGAUUAACCCACCUAAAAGCGAGCGCACUAGCACUGCCGUGCCCAGGAAGAUGAAGCUACUGCAGAUUUUGGAUCGGCUACAGAAUCUGGAAGGAGGGCCCGGAGAAGAUAGCCCGGAUGAGAUGCAACGGUACCUCUACAGCACGCUUAUUGAAGACCCUGCACACCUCAAUGGCCGCCCUUUCAUGAGUCUGGAGCAGCAGAUCCAGGACCUCAUCGAUAUCCUGCUGAAUCCGCAGUGGCUGGACUUCUCGAAUCCGAGGAAUCAGGUUGUGGCUAAGUAUUUUGAUUCACCGGACCAUCGCAAGAAGCAGGAGUUCUUCCAUCAGCUGCUACUAUCCGUUGAACUGUAUCUACGUAUACACUCCCAACAGCACAACAACAAGCAUAAGCGGAAACUUAUACUAGAGUUGCACCCCACGAUCGCUUGGGACCUGGCAGUGGCCCAGCGUUGGUUGGAGAACAUGUCAAUCACCAAAAAGCGCGAGUCCAAAACACAAAGCACUUUCAACUUUCGACUAAAAAGCAAGAGCAGACAGAGAGAAGCUCUACGGCAAUUUGCAGCGACGCUUAAAUGGCCUAACAUGGACGAGGUUGAGUACAUCCUAGACGAGGAAGACGUGAACGAGAGAGCUCUUGAAGACCGCUCUGCAGACGCCAUGUCCUGGUUCUCCGGCAUUAUACUGCCCGGGCGAACCUUACCAUGGCUGAUUAUGAACAGCUUGAUAGACUGCGACCGCGACACUGGCGAUGCCCUAAAGUAUCUCACACACAUGCAACCUGCAUCAGGCUUUCAAUACCGCGCCAACACAUACUGGUCCACAUCCUGCAUCGUCGGCAAAGUCCUCGGCGCCGCACGGGGCGUAAAGCAGAUUGCCGGCUGGGUCGGACCCUGCAUCUACACUCCAGAUCUUAAGCGCACUGAAUGCGUCAAAGUUAAGCAAUACGAAUCUCCCGACCCGCGGUUGACCAAGGCUGAUGUCUUAUCCAUGGACGAGCGCUCAAAUCCUCUGGGCCCAAUCGAUGAGACAUAUCCCGUGGAUGACUACGAAGUCCCCAUGCCAGACACAGAGGACGUGACAGAUCUCAUUCGGAUCGAAAAACUCGCCUUUCUGCCUGUGAAAGAACAGCCUUCUUCGACACGCAAUCUCCCAGGCGCACCGAUGCUCUUCGAUGCUGCGAUUCAUUUCGCGUGCGGCGGGAGUAGUUGGCCGUUGAGACUGAAGUACGAUGUCAGCUUCAUCAACGCAUUUCCCUGCCAUCAGGGUCCGCACGUCCUGUUCUACGACUUUGCCUACACCGCGAUGAAAAUCGACGACGGCCUCGUUGACCUGCACGACUGGCACACCCAGACCGGGCGCAUCAAACGCCCGAGCCCGCGCUCCUCACCCAAGAACCUAGCCCUCGAAGAAACAGUCUCUGCGCACGAACAGGUCAACCGUGUCCUUACCGUCGAGGCGCUGGGCGUUAGUGAUAACGAGGUCUUUGCCAGAGCGUGGUGCGCGCAUCAUGGGUUUAGUGCGGUGGUGGCGAAUAUUAAGGAGACGUGUAUGGCUUGUGCAAUUAGGGAGGCGUAUGCGGCGUGUGUGUGUGUGGUUAUCUUGACGGAAGGGGGGAAGGAGCGGGAGAGUGAUUCUUGAAGGGAAUCGAGGUGGCGAGGGAGGUGGAUUGAUCUUUGCAUUGCAUGACGGAUUGGAAGCAGCUGGGAUGCAUUUACGAGAUACGGA